AUGGGCCCGAAAAGAGGUAAAAAGGGCACUCCGUGGCCAGAACCACGGUUUGCAGAUGACCCUGAUAUACGCGCAUAUGUAGCUGCAGCCAUCAAAGAUCUCGAGGCACUGAAGAAGCACCAAGAAGCACUGGAGAUUGGCAUGCCCCGUGAGCUCUCUACUUCCGUGGUUGACGCAUUCUUAUACCUGGCUCGAAGGGUGAAGAAUACGCCUACGAAUGAGCAACUAGCGCAGCGGCUCGCGAAGGUCGAAUUACACGUGGAAAAGACGCAGAAAGAGGUAUCUCAGGCCUCUCGAGAGAUUACUACGACCAAAAGCAACACGAACCGCCUGGUGGAGGCAAUAUGCCACCCAACAUCCCCAGGGACACGUACCGCGAAAAAUUCUCCAAGCUUCAGUCACGUGACAACUAGCUCAGAGUCGUACGUACAGGCCUGGGGACGUAAGGUGCCCUCGAACCCUCCCACGGUCCCUAGCGUGGGAUUGAGUAGUGGAGGAAGCUUGCCAUCAACCCCAUAUCCAAGCCAGGAGGACCUAGAGGUCUAUCUGGAACAUACCGAUCCAAAUAUCCUCAACCCGAUACGUCGAUUCCCGGAUAAGGUGGUGGAGAAGGCAAAUCUUGUAAUACGCAGCACUCAAGACACCACCAUCGCACAUCGACGAAUUGUGGCAGCCUGUAUACUACCUAGUGGCGAUAUUAUACUCUUACUAGGCAUAGUGGACGAUGUCAACCAGCUUACCCGUAAGAAGGACUGGAUUAGGGCAUUUGGAAACGAAGCACAAAAUAUCCAUAUCAAAGAUCCUGCCAAGAGACUCAAUACAAAACACUUUGCAUACGCGAGGGAGUGCCUGAUACGAGCUACAUGCCUUGCAGAGGCACAUCAACGACGUACAUACGGCCCACAAUAUCACACUCCUGUGAUACGACCUGGCAAUAGUCAGCCCGGAGCCAUCUCACUAAAUGACCCUACACCAGCUGAAGCAGCCAAUACAGAGCGAAGUCCUCACGCACCAGCUCGUACAGCCACCACACGUCGAUCUGCCAACUCAAGAAGUAAGAGCGCAGCAGCCGCCCGAAAACGAGUGGCAGAACGAUCUGAGCCUGAGCUGAUAAGCCCUACAUCAGGUGACCCUACCAAUAGAUCCUCGAAAAAGCCUAUGAGAGCGCAGUGGGAUAAAGAUCUAGUUAUAGAUGCAGAUCCUAAUCCUGAACCUAAGACAGGACCUGAGACCCAGAUCAAAUAUACAUAUAACACAUGUGCACGUCAGAAUACGAAGCCUCCACCAGGAACCCCGGUUCUGCAAUCAGAUAUUGCUCCACUAGAAAUUUCACAUGUGUAA